UCUUGUUUCCUCAUUUCCUCUGAUAUCACAUGCACAAGCUCAGAGUUUGAAGUUGUGAACUGCUCCACAUGAGAAUACAGAUGGGAUAUGUCACAAUGAAGCUCUCCAUGGUUCUCUUUCUGCUGGGAAUCCCCACCGUGGCUCCAGUGCUGCACUCUCUGAAGUUUUGCUACACUGUAACAUCUGACUUACCAAACGUCCCAGAGUUUGUGGCUGUUUAUGUGGUUGAUGAAGUUCAGACCAUUCACUAUGACAGCAACACGAAGAGAGCAGUGCCAAAACAAGACUGGGUGAACAACGUCACAGAAGAUGAUCCAACGUUCUGGGACGAUGAAACUGAGAGACUGAAAGGAAAUCAUCUGUUUUUCAAAGCAAUCAUUGAGUCUGGAUUGCAGCGCUUAAACAUCGAAGGUCGUCACGUUGUUCAGGGGAGUUUUGGCUGUGACUGGGAUGACGUAACCGAUGAAAUGAACAUAUUUAGCAAAUUUGGCUAUGAGGGAGAAGAUUUCAUAUCUUUAGACUUGAAGACACAGACCUGGAUCGCUCUAAGUCAACAGGCUGUUGUCGUCAAAGAAAUGUUGGAAGAUGACAAAUCACUCUUGGUAUUCUUAAAAAAUUACCUCAACCAUGAAUUUAGUUGGCUGAAAAAGUUCCUGAACUAUGGAAAGAGCCUCCUGAUGAGAAAAGAUCUUCCCUCAGUGUCUCUCCUCCAGAAGACUCCCUCCUCUCCGCUCACCUGCCACGCUACAGGUUUCUACCCCGACAGAGCCGACUUGUUCUGGAAGAAAGACGAGGAGGAGCUCCAUGAGGACGUGGUCAGAGGAGAGAUCCUCCCCAACCAUGACGGGAGCUUCCAGAUGAGCGCUGAUCUGGAUCUUUCAGGGCUCAAAGAUGAAGACUGGGGGAGGUACAGCUGUGUGUUUCAGCUGGCUGGAGUUCAAGAGGACGUCAUCACACCACUGGACAAACGUGUGAUCCUGACCAACUGGAGGGAGAAGAGGAGCAGUGUUGACGGGUUUCCCACUGCUGCUGUUGUUGGAGCUGUUGUCGCUGUACUGCUCCUCCUGGCAGGCUGCAUCACUGGACUCUUCCUCCUCUGGAGAAGAAACAGUCAUGGGUUUAGAUGCGCUAACUCUUCUGAAAGUUCACCUCCACCAGGAGAAGAUCCAGCUGUGAAGAAAGAGACCAGUGAGAGGCAAACCAUGUUAGAAAGCAGAGGAUUAACGGAGACUCGAUUGUCUUCCUCUGAUGAACAUUAAAGGUUGAAAGACAAAGUUUGAGUGAAAAUCACAUUGUUCUGAUGUGAUUUCUGUUUUUGUCCUUGAGCCUCAUCACCUGUAUUCCUGCUUCAUUAACUCAAGGAAUUUUUUAAAGGAUUCUUUAUCAUUGAGAGGGCAGUCUUUCACAUAGUUGGGCAUAAAUCAACAAUAAAUGACAAGGGGGCUUAGCAAAAAAUUACAGUGUAAGUUCUUCAAUGACUCUA